CGCCGCUAGAGCGCACCUGACGCGCCAACACAAAUGCCCUCACAUCACAACCGAAUGCGUCAACCACACGGUAGCAGCUAGAGGCAGUGUCCACGGAGCAAACCCCACCGUGCUGUCGCCUUUGAGCAACAGGAUAUAAGAUAAACAGCACAAAAAAUCACCAGCAGAUAGAAAAAAAAGCAGCGGACGCAGCCCGGGAGGCAGGUCAUCUGUUUCAUGCGGUAACAUGGGAUUCACACACCUAGCUGUGAUGUUGUCUGUCACCAUGGUCCACUUGGUUUCAGGUAUGAGCUUUAUGAAUCCAGAGCCAGAUUCACCUUCAACAGCAUCCCCAGACUCCUUUCCACCAGGUGAGCUGAUCCAUGCUGCCCUGCAGAGUAAAGAGUACCUGGGAACAGGCUUUGCAGGUACCACUACCAAUCCAACACAAGCCGUGCCUGGACACGGGCAGACUGAGUCAGCAGCCACGGCGAUCUCACCAGGGCUUCUCACCACAGCUUUAAACCCCUCGUCUGCUGCUGGCCUGGGAGGACUGAGGAAUCCCAUGUCCUCUUUCCCCAUAGAGGAGGAGACAACCACCACUCUGAUCACCACCACCACCAUCACCACCAUGCACAUGCCAGUUCAGUGUAACGCCACUCUGUCAGCGAUGGAGGAUAUUGUGGAGUCUCCAGAUCCUGCGUCUUCGUCAUCCAUCUCCCCUCUGGAGUGCACCUAUAGCAUUACGGUCUAUCCAGGCUACGGCGUGGAAAUUCAGGUGAGGAAGACUAACCUUUCAAAGGACGAAUCUCUGACCAUUUUGGGUUAUGGGAGCUCAGGUGCCGAGCUGUUAGCUAAUGAGACGCUGAUGAAAGAGGGUCAGGUGAUCCGUAGCACAACCAACCAGGUGUCUAUUCACUACCGCAGCCUCCGACAGUUCAACCACGGCACCUUCAGCCUCCACUAUCAAGCCUUUCUGCUAUCCUGCCCUUUCCCCAUGUCGCCUGUGGGUGGUGGAGUGACAGUGACAGACAUCCAUCCUGGAGGGCAGGCACACUUUCACUGUGAUCCAGGUUUCCAGAUGCGAGGCCAUGAAGUGGCAUCAUGCAUCAACACGACACAGCCACGCUGGAGCACCCCUGAGCCUCGAUGUGUCGUUGUGUCUUGCGGAGGGUGGGUUCGCAAUGCAACUGUUGGGCGGAUCUUGUCUCCACCUCCUCCAUCAGUCAGCAACCACAGUAAUGGUAACAAUCUGAGCUGCCACUGGUUGAUAGAAGCUAAAGAAGGACACAGACUCCACCUCCACUUUGAGAGGAUCGCACUGGAUGAAGAUGACGACAAGUUAGUUGUUCGCAGUGGAAACAACUCCCUGUCCCCACCGCUCUUUGACUCCGAUCUGGACGACGUCCCUGAGCGUGGGCUGCUGAGCGAGAGCUCCACGCUCUACCUGGAGCUCACGGCAGAUUCUUCCUCCAUUCCUCUGCUGCUGGCACUGAGAUAUGAGGCAUUUGAUGAAGAGCACUGCUGGGAGCCCUACAUGCCUCAUGGAAAUUUCAGCAGCAGCGAUAUUUCAUAUCAGCUGGGCACCAUUGUCAGCUUCACAUGUUCUCCUGGGUUUGUGAUGGAGCAAGGUUCAGGGACAAUUGAGUGUGUUGACCCCAGCAAUCCACACUGGAACGACAGCGAACCUGUGUGCAGAGCUCUGUGUGGAGGGGAGCUGACCGAGCCAUCAGGCACCAUCCUGUCCCCUGAUUGGCCCCAGAGCUACUCCAAGGGCCUGGACUGCGUAUGGCAGAUCCGCGGCAACGAGGAAAAACGCAUUGAACUGGAGGUCCAGAUCUUGAAUAUUCGCCAUACUGAUGUGCUGACGAUCUUUGAUGGGCGUGACCUCACGUCACAUGUGAUGGGUCAGUAUCUGGGGUCCAAAGAGCGCUUCAAGGUAGAAUCUGGAGGGUCAGAGAUCACCAUUCAGUUUCAGAGUGACCCUGAUGAUUCCAGUUUCAUCCUGAGCCAGGGGUUCCUCAUCCAUUAUCGAGAGGUUGAGCCUAAUGACACCUGCCCUACCCUCCCUCAAAUUGAAUUUGGCUGGAUCAGCUCAUCCCAUUCCUCCCCUGUGAGAGGCAGCGUGCUGACCUAUCAGUGCCAACCAGGAUAUGACAUCAGCGGCUCAGACAUCAUCACCUGCCAGUGGGACCUGUCCUGGAGCAGUGCUCCACCUACUUGUGUUAAAGUCCAGCAAUGUCCCGAUCCAGGAGAGGUGGUGAACGGAGCGCGCUCCGUGCGUCCUGAAAUGGGUUUUGCAGUUGGGACCACUGUGCGUUUCUCUUGCAACCAGGGUUAUCAACUGGAAGGUCCCAGUCAAAUUUCAUGCCAUGGACGAGACACCGGCACCCCCAAAUGGAGUGACCGCAGCCCAAAAUGUGUCUUAAAAUACGACCCAUGUCCAAAUCCGGGAGUCCCUGACAAUGGCUACCAAACGUUGUACAAGCACAGCUACCAGGCUGGAGAAACUUUGCGUUUCUUCUGCUAUGAGGGCUACGAGCUCAUUGGUGAGGUCAUUAUCACGUGUGUUCCAGGUCAUCCUUCUCAGUGGAACAGCCCUCCCCCCUUUUGCAAAGUGGCAUAUGAAGAGCUUUUGGAUGAUCACAAGUCAGAAGUGUCCCAGUCUUUUGAGCCGUCCCAUCAGGUCCUGAGUGAAAACAUUGCCUUGGCAAUAAUUCUGCCCAUCAUCCUGGUCAUCCUUCUGAUUGGUGGGAUUUACAUGUACUACACAAACAUCUGCAGACUAGAAUGGAAACCACUCUUCUGGAAGUCCCUCUCUCACACACACUCCUACAGUCCCAUCACAGUGGAAUCAGACUUCAACAACCCACUGUAUGAAGCAGGGGACACACGGGAGUAUGAAGUAUCCAUAUAAAAAAGGAAACCUUCCAAGUGGGAAGUACAACUAUGGAAGCAUUACAUUCAAAGACAAAGUCUUUGUAUGAGAAAGGCCUCACUCCUCCCUGUAAUAUUUACUUUUAUUUAUAUUUAUGUUUUCACAUCAUCAGGUUUACCCAUUGUAAAAAAAAUGAAUAAAAGCUUUAUUUUUGAUGAUUUGCACUGAAGAGUUCAUCUGCCAAAUGUGAGUCCUGCUGAAUCCUCUAAUGGUCUGUUUUUCUGGGACUGGUGCCUUAUGAAGGGUAAAAAAUUGAUGACAAAUAAAGUAAAAAUGCAGAAAAGGGAGUAAAUGUGAGACAAAAAAUGGGAUAGGGAGGAAAAUCAGUUCUAAUUUACUUUUUUUUCUAUUUUUAAAGUAAUUUGAGGCCAAAACAUUAGAGGACAUGGCAAUACUUUGUGUUACAAUCAAAAGUUGGAGUCAUGAUUUUAAUCUUUAUGCUGAAUGUUUCAUUUUUAAUUUAUUAAAUGUCUUAUUAUGCUUUGCAAAGUCUCACAGAAAUGGAAAAGAACACUUAUUUUUAGUUUAGUCUUUUCCUCGUUUUUUUUUCUUUCUGUGUGUAAAAAAUUCACACAAUUUGAAUGUAAAUAUCUGACCUAAUAUUGGCUGAGGUUGAUUUGCCUCAAAUAUUUAAAUAUAUUAACACUUAAACACGGUGGCAGGAGGUAAUAUAUUUUCAUUUACAUUUAAUGAAAAUUCUGUGCCAAUAUAUGAUGUUUAAUAAUUUAGUGUUUCAUCUGUUGUUGAAAUAGUGUUUACCAAGGUGGUAUUUAGUUUUUAUUAAUACUGUUUCUGCGAUCAUCACCCAGCAUUACAUAUACAUACUGUAAAACAAUACGGUAAGGACAUGAAUGUCAUUUUGCUUUGAGCAUGCACUGAUUGUAAAUUAUAUUGCUUAAUGCUCUCCAUCAUCAUCGUAGUUAUUAAAAGGAAUCAUUGUUUUCAACUUUGAUGUUGUAUGCACUAUGUUGAUGAAAAAAAUCUGGCUGCUUGCUGUGAUGCAUUAUGUAUUUAUUUAUUAAUGAUUGUUUAAACAGUGAAUGUAGUAAAUUCACUGUGCCAUAUGAGGGAUCCCUGGAGACUGUUGCUUUGUUGACUUAAUACUUUUCUUGCCAUCAGUAGCAUUUCUUUGCUUCAGAUAUAAAUACAAUCUUUUAAAGACAGUGAAUCAUUUGCUGAAUUGAAAAUAAAGUCUUUGUUGAAUGGG